AUGGAAGAGGUGGGGCUAAAGACAGAAAAGACAGGGCUAAAGAGAGAGAAGGCGGGGUUAGGGAUGGAAGAAGCCAGGCUAAGGACAGAAGAGGCGGGACUAAGGACAGAAGAGGAAGGGCUACGGACAGAGGAGGCGGGGUUAGGGACAGAGGCGGCAGGGCUGAGGGAAGAAGAGGCAGAGCUAAAGACGGAGAAGGUGGGGUUAGAGACAGAAGAGGUGGGGCUAGAGACAGAAGAAGUGGGGCUAGGGACAGAAGAGGCGGGGCUAGAGACAGAAGAGGCGGGGAUAGAGACAGAAGAGGCGGGGAUAGAGACAGAAGAGGCGGGGCUAGAGACAGAAGAGGUGGGGCUAGAGACAGAAGAGGCGGGGCUAGAGACAGAAGAGGCGGGGAUAGAGACAGAAGAGGCGGGGCUAGAGACAGAAGAGGCGGGGCUAGGGACAGAAGAGGCGGAGGUAGUGACGGCGUAG